AUGCAAAUCCUCGAGAAGUAUCAUACUAGUCGGGCCGAUGAACUUAAAAUCGUCAUUGAAAAGAAGCUCCAAAACAUCACCCGUCUUGAACAAAUCAAAGAUACACUUAAUCAUCGUGUCCGACAACUCAAAGAAGAAAUAGCUAUCAUCCAAGAACCUUCCUGUACAGUCGGAGAAGUCUCUAAGAAGAUGGGUAAGAAUACUGUCCUCAUUAAAACCACCGCCGAAGGUAAACAUCUAGUCCAAGUCGAACCACAAAUUGAUUAUGACCAACUUAAACCAGGCAUGCGAGUUGCCCUCCGUAGUGAUACUUACGCCCUUUACCGCACUCUACCUUCUAAAGUCGAUCCACUCGUUUCACUUAUGAUGGUAGAAAAGACUCCCGAUUCAACUUACGAUAUGAUUGGAGGUCUUUCUGAGCAGAUUAAAGAGGUUAAAGAAGUCAUUGAACUUCCCAUUAAACAUCCAGAACUCUUUGAGUCCCUAGGUAUUGCCCAGCCGAAAGGCGUACUUCUCUACGGACCACCAGGAACAGGUAAAACUUUACUAGCUCGGGCGGUAGCUCAUCAUACUCAAUGCCGAUUUAUUCGUGUUUCCGGUUCAGAACUCGUCCAGAAGUACAUUGGAGAAGGAUCUAGACUCGUUCGAGAACUUUUCGUAAUGGCUCGUGAACAUGCUCCUUCCAUUAUCUUUAUGGAUGAAAUAGACUCAAUCGGGUCAGUUCGGGGCGAAGGAUCAAAAGGAGAUAGUGAAGUACAAAGGACUAUGUUAGAACUACUUAAUCAACUAGAUGGUUUUGAAGCCACUCAAAAUAUCAAAGUCAUUAUGGCUACUAAUCGGAUAGAUAUCUUAGAUUCAGCCCUUUUAAGACCCGGAAGAAUAGAUCGUAAGAUUGAAUUUCCAGCUCCUAAAGAAGAAGCCCGACUAGAAAUACUUAAGAUUCAUUCCCGUAAGAUGAAUCUCACUAAAAACAUAGAUCUAGCUAAGAUCUCUACUAAAUUACCCGGGGCUAGUGGAGCAGAAGUCAAGUCAGUCUGUACGGAAGCAGGUAUGUUUGCCCUUCGAGAAAGAAGAACUCAUGUUACUAAAGAUGACUUUGAAAUGGCCGUAGCUAAAGUAAUGAAGAAAACUAACGAUCCAAAUUCCGACCUGCGUAAACUCCUUAAAUAA